AAUCCAGCGCGUCUGGUUGUAACCGCUCCUGUUUUGUUCUGCUGCUUCUUCUCUACUCUGUCACUCUUCUUUCGCUUUUGUUUCCGUCUGCAGAUCGGUCACGCGGUGGCCUCCGAUUCACAUAAUCAUUCAAUUCCGAGUGAGUAAAGCUCGUUUCACAUCAUAGGUACACCAUGGCGAUGGAAGUUACGCAGGUUCUUUUGAAUGCUCAAUCUAUUGAUGGGAACGUGAGGAAGCAUGCUGAGGAAAACUUGAAACAAUUUCAGGAGCAAAACUUCCCUGGUUUCUUGCUUUCUCUAUCUGGAGAACUAGCAAGCGAUGAUAAACCAGUUGAUAGCCGCAAGUUAGCAGGUCUGAUACUAAAAAAUUCGUUGGAUGCUAAGGAUGAAAACAGAAAACGUGAGCUGGUUCAAAGAUGGUUGUUAUUGGAUCCUGCAGCAAAGACCCAGAUAAAAUCAUGCCUGCUGCAAACUCUCUCUUCCCUUGCAGUUGAUGCACGAUCUACUGCAUCUCAAGUGAUUGCUAAAAUUGCUGGGAUUGAGCUUCCCCAGAAACAGUGGCCUGAACUGGUAGGCGCACUUCUAUCAAACAUUCAUCAAGUACCUGCUCAUGUCAAGCAAGCAACCUUGGAGACUCUAGGGUAUUUGUGUGAGGAAAUUUCUCCUCAGGUUUUAGAUCAAGACCAAGUAAAUAAAAUACUUACAGCAGUAGUUCAAGGUAUGAAUGUAGCUGAUGGGAACAAUGAUGUUAGGCUUGCUGCUACCAGGGCAUUAUACAAUGCUCUAGGAUUUGCUCAGGCUAAUUUUAGCAAUGAUAUGGAGCGUGAUUAUAUCAUGAGAGUUGUCUGUGAGACAACUAUGUCUCCUGAAGUGAAAAUACGACAGGCAGCUUUUGAGUGUUUGGUCUCAAUUGCAUCAAUGUACUACGAGAAAUUAGCUCCUUACAUCCAGGAUAUUUUCAACAUCACAGCAAAGGCUGUCAGGGGUGAUGAAGAGCCUGUUGCCCUUCAGGCCAUUGAGUUUUGGAGUACAAUUUGUGAUGAGGAGACAGAUAUCUUGGAAGAAUAUGGAGGUGAUUCAACUGGGGACUCUGAUCUGGCUUGUUUUUAUUUUAUCAGGCAGGCUCUUCCUGCACUUAUCCCUUUGCUUUUGGAAACACUACUUAAACAAGAGGAGGACCAGGAUCUGGAUGAAGGUGCCUGGAAUAUUGCAAUGGCAGGUGGCACGUGCCUUGGUUUAGUUGCACGCACAGCAGGAGAUGAUAUUGUGCCGCUUGUAAUGCCCUUCAUUGAGGAGAAUAUUACAAAACCAGAUUGGAGACAGAGAGAGGCAGCCACUUAUGCAUUUGGCUCGAUCUUGGAUGGUCCUUCACCAGACAAACUUGCAUCUCUUGUCAAUGUUGCUUUACCAUUUAUGCUCAGUGCAUUGAUGAAGGACCCAAAUAAUCAUGUGAAGGAUACCACUGCUUGGACACUAGGACGGAUGUUUGAAUUUCUUCACAGUUCAAUUGUUGGCACCCCACUUAUUAAUGAAAGGAAUUGCCAACAGAUUAUCACAGUUCUUCUCCAGAGUAUGAAGGAUGCUCCCAAUGUUGCUGAGAAGGCUUGUGGAGCUCUCUAUUUUCUCGCCCAGGGUUAUGAGGAUGUGCAAGUAACAUCUCCUCUCACUCCCUUUUUCCAGGAAAUUGUUCAAUCUCUUCUUACUGUUACACACAGAGAAGAUGCAACAGAAUCACGAUUGAGGACUUCUGCAUAUGAAACUUUGAAUGAAGUAGUGAGGUGUUCAACUGAUGAAACAGCUUCCUUGGUGUUACAACUGGUUCCUGUCAUUAUGAUGGAGCUGCACAAGUCUCUUGAAGGGCAGAAUCUUUCAUCUGAUGAAAGAGAAAAGCAGAGUGAUUUGCAUGGGCUUCUUUGUGGAUGCUUGCAGGUAAUUAUUCAGAAGCUAGGCUCAUCAGAGGCUACCAAAUAUGCCUUCAUGCAGUAUGCUGAUCAGAUUAUGGGGCUAUUUUUGAGGGUUUUUGCUUUUAGAAAUGCCACUGCACAUGAGGAGGCCAUGCUCGCCAUUGGUGCCCUUGCCUAUGCAACAGGCCCUGAUUUUGCUAAAUACAUGCCAGAGUUCUAUAACUAUCUGGAGAUGGGUCUUCAAAAUUUUGAGGAGUACCAAGUGUGUGCAGUCACUGUUGGUGUGGUGGGGGACAUAUGCAGGGCAUUAGAAGAUAAAAUACUUCCUUAUUGUGAUGGGAUUAUGACCCAACUUCUAAAGGAUUUGUCAAGUGAUAAUUUGCACCGUUCUGUGAAGCCCCCAUUGUUCUCGUGCAUUGGUGAUAUAGCUCUUGCAAUAGGAGAUAAUUUUUAUAAAUACUUAAUGUAUGCAAUGAACACACUUCAGCUUGCAGCAGAGAUGUAUGCGCACACAUCAGGUUUUGAUGAUGAAAUGUCAGAGUACAUCAAUUCUUUGAGAAAUGGGAUAUUGGAGGCAUAUUCUGGAAUUUUCCAAGGUUUUAAAAAUUCAUCCAAAACCCAGCUCUUGAUUCCUUAUGCACCCCACAUCCUUCAGUUCUUGGAUAGCAUCUACAUGGAAAAAGACAUGGAUGAAGUGGUGAUGAAAACUGCAAUUGGGGUCCUUGGAGAUUUAGCUGAUACACUUGGAAGUAAUGCAGGUUCUUUGAUACAGCAGUCAUUGUCAAGCAAAGAAUUUUUAAAUGAAUGUUUGACCUCUGAAGACCAUUUGAUUAAAGAAUCUGCUGAGUGGGCCAAGUUGGCCAUCAAUCGUGCGAUAUCUGUUUGAGGUUCA